AUUUUUUACCUGGAUUACUGAGAUGCAUCAGGACAUGCCUCAACUUUAGUUUCUCAAUAUUAGGAGAAAUAAUAAACCAAUGACAUGGUUUUGUUAUCAACAUGGGGCCACCAAAGUUGAACAUUUGCCCAGGACCCCCUCAGGUGGUUGGUGCAGCCCUGCAGAUAACAGGCUGACCUGGUGAGAAGCAGACAGCUGUGUGUCCUACCUCCUCAGCCUCACAAACAGUAGUAACCAGAUGAAGGGAGAAUCAGGUUAAGCAGGCACUGGAGUUAAAAGUUUGUCGAUUCAUGACUGACCAGCUGCUGCUGCUGCUGGCUGUUGGUCUGUCUGUAGGUCUGCUGCUGCCAAGCCUGAUGACGAUGAUGAUGAUGUGCUGCCUGAGGAGGAAGAAGAACCAGCAGAAUCAGUACCAGGAGCUUCUCUCCUCGGUGCCAUCGGUGCCGUCGUGUUCUGCUCCUGUGAUCCUGGUGACUCAGGGCUCCUGGACCUCGCCCACUGACGUCCCUUUCACUUUACCCCCUCGCUUCAUCCCACAAAAUGUUGGAGAGCUGACGACGGAUGAGGGCGUGGAGAAAAAGGAGGAGGAGGGGAUGAAGGUGGACACCAGGAGGGAUAUUUUGGCUCAUCGUGGGUCUCUUUCUGUGAGAACUUGGUACCCAGUCGGAUCGGUGUUGGCCGGCCUGUACACCGUAACCCCCCUGGGCGAGGUGGUGGCGCCCCCUCCUGGCAUGGCCACGCGUCUCUGCUUCUCCGUGGAAUACCGACACAGCAGCGAGCAGCUCAUGGUCUCCCUGCUCCGCCUCGGUAACCUGCCGCCUCAUUUCCACAGCAACGUGACGCUGGUGGAGCUCCGCCUCCUUCCUGAUGACCGGAGGCCCCGCCAGGCGAAGGCCCGGGGGACAGGGCCCGACCCAGAGUUCUGCGAUUGCUUGAUUUUUCAGGUGUCAGCAGUGAGUGUGCUGAAGAGCACUCUGAGCGUGUGUGUGUUGAGUGUGGAUAAACAUGGUAAACGACACGCUGUGGGCAGAGUGUUGUUCCCUCUGGAAGGAGAGCUCGGUCAGGCUGGCAGAGUCCUCUGGAGAGACCUGGACCCGGAGGAGGCGACGCAGUGUUCAGAGCUGGGUGAUGUGCAGGUCUCUCUGAGCUACAGUCCGUCUCUGCAGCGCCUCUCGGUGGCGGUCCUGAAGGCUCGAGGCCUCCAGCUGCUCACAGAUUCAGGUGUGUGUGUCCAGGUGAGCUUACAGAUACACACCCAGGCUGUGAAGACAAAGCGAAGCUGCGUGGUGACAGGUGGACAGGAGCACCUCUUCGACUACAGGGUGACUUUUAAACUGCGACCGCAGAGUUUGGACGAGUCCUGCCUGAGGUUUGAGCUCCAGCAGCCCAAAGAUAACAGCUCAGAAUCUCCAUCCCUGCUGGGUGUGCUGGUUCUGGGUCCCUUCAUGUAUGCCAGGGGUCCUCAGCUGCAGCACUGGAUGGACAUGGUCAACGAGACACAGGAACCGGUCAAACUGUGGCACAGAUUGAGCAGAGCCACAUAAAUCAUAAGCCACAUUCGUUCCUCGUAGACUCUAAAUAACAAAUUUUAAAAACCACUGAACAGUUUCCUGCAGGGCAUCUAGAACUGCUCCGGUUUCCUCCCACAGUGUUAACACACUUUAAGAAGCCAAAUAUCUUCCUCAGAAGCUGGUUGGAAAAAAAAUCAGGGCCUAAAUGGGUCUUAAAUUGCAUCAGAAUUAGUUUUCAUGAAGAUAUAGUUCACAUGUCAGAAACUAAAUCUGUGAUUUCUAUUCUGUGGUUUUCUGUUGGGUUAAAUUAAAUAAAUCUAAAAGCUUCUAAAAUCGGUCAUCUUGACAUCUGGAGUGGUUCUUACACUGAAUUAAACUUUUUUUCUUUA